AUGUCUCCUAGCAUAAAUAAGUGCCUCAACAUGCGUCUUAUUACUUUUGUCAGAAAAUAUUCUGCAGUUGCGCCUAAUAGUAACAAUUUCCUAGAAGAAAUGCAAAAGAAUUUCAUCCCCACAAACUCUUUUCAAAAGACACUACUAUCGUGCGGUUCUGCUGCUAUAGCUUUGCUGAACCCGUAUCGUGGAGAUAUGAUUGCUUGCUUGGGAGAAGUUACUGGCGAGAGUGCUCUAAAGUAUAUGAGACAAAAGAUGGCUGAAACUGAAGAAGGUGCCGAUAUACUAUCGGAAAAACCACGAAUAAAUUCUAGGACGGUCGCAUUUGAUAAACUUAUGGAAAUGCCGGAAAAUACAUUGGGGCGUAUAUAUGCAGACUUUAUGACAGAAAACAAAAUAACUGCUGAUUCACGAUUACCAGUUCAGUUUAUUGCAGAUCCGGAAUUAGCAUAUGUAAUGCAAAGGUAUAGAGAAGUUCAUGAUUUAGUGCAUGCUACUUUAUUCAUGAAAACCACUAUGUUAGGAGAGGUAACAGUGAAAUGGGUAGAAGGUAUCCAAACUAAUCUACCAAUGUGUGUCAGUGGUGGGAUCUGGGGUGCAAGCAGGUUAAAGCCUAAACAUCGCCAGCUGUAUUUGAAGUAUUACUUACCUUGGGCCAUAAGAACUGGUAACAAUGCCAAAUUUUUGCAAGGUAUCUACUUCGAAAAGAGAUGGGAACAAGAUAUAGACGAUUUGCACAAGGAAUUUAAUAUUGUGAGAUUAAUUAGAAAGUAG